UCUCAGCCCCAGCGGUCUGUCCCGCGCGCGGUUGCCAGUGCCGCCGGCUCCCGACUAUGGACGCUCCCGGGGCCCCGGGCCCGGACCGGGGCAGGAAGGAGCUGAAGAUCGUGAUCGUAGGUGACGGCGGCUGCGGCAAGACAUCAUUGCUCAUGGUGUACAGCCAGGGCUCUUUCCCUGAGCACUACGCCCCAUCCGUGUUCGAGAAGUACACGGCCAGCGUGACUGUGGGCAGCAAGGAGGUGACCCUGAACCUAUACGAUACCGCUGGACAGGAAGAUUAUGACCGGCUGCGGCCCCUCUCCUACCAGAACACCCACCUCGUGCUCAUCUGCUAUGACGUCAUGAACCCCACCAGCUAUGAAAACGUCCUCAUCAAGUGGUUCCCUGAGGUCACACAUUUCUGCCGUGGGACCCCCAUGGUGCUCAUCGGCUGCAAGACAGACCUGAGGAAGGACAAGGAGCAGCUGCGGAAGCUCAGGGCCGCGCAGCUGGAGCCCAUCACCUACACGCAGGGCCAGAGCGCCUGCGAACAGAUCCGAGCUGCCCUCUACCUGGAAUGUUCUGCCAAGUUUCGGGAGAAUGUGGAGGACGUCUUCCGAGAGGCCGCCAAGGUUGCCCUCAGUGCUCUGAAGAAAGCACAGCGGCAGAAACAGCACCGGCUGUGCCUGCUGCUCUGACCCCACUGGGCAGGGCACAAACCUUCAGGGCGACACUGACGGGGGCACCAGGCCAUGAGCCCGGGUUAUACCCCCAGGUCCUGCCCCACCCUCAGCUUUCCAAGGGCACCUGGAGGUGGGUGUCUCCUUGUGUGUGGAGCCUCUGGUUAGACUCUUAGAACAUUCUGGAGAUCUCUUCUUUCCCAGCUGGGGCUCUGACCAUAAACUCACCUUGGGUUCACACUGGAGCGUGGCCUGCAUGAAGGUGGGUGAGGGUGCUGGACUCAGUCCCUCUGUACCUGGAGCCAGCAUCUGUCCUCAGGACUCAGGAGUACACAGCCUCCCCCCAGCCACGUGUGCCCCCGUUGCACCCCCAAUAGGUUCUCAAAACCUAUGCUUGGAACAAAAAACUACAUCUGGUAUGUGGAUAAAUGUGGAUUCAUCAGCGUUCCGCACGGCCACCCCGUCCCUGGGCUCCGCAGAUAGGCGUGACUGCAUCCUCCAGCGCCUGGCUUCCUUCCUCCCGGACCCCGGGGGCCACGAUGGGAUGGGGGCCUAUCGGGACAACACAGGCGCCAGCCCCGGACAUGGGGGCAGCAGCAGUCCCGGCCCCCCCACGGAGGACUCGUCUCACCCUUCGGCUGGGCCGCCAUCUUUCCAGAGCGGAUGCACAUGCCCAAGGGGGACAAGAAACUCUCUCCAAAAGCACAAAGUACCCUGGACCACACAUCCGACCCCUGCUCAGGGGCUCCUCGCCUGCAGCCCCCCAAUAUCAGGAACUUGAGAUGAAAAGUGCCAUCGGCUCCGAGUGAUCUUGGCAAGUCCCUCCUCUCUAGAGGUGGGUUCCCUAUCUGCGAGAGGAUGGCACUGGCUCGUUUCAAUAGUCAUCAGGCUUCCUCUGUCCCCCCAGCCUCCACUUCUGCCAGCAUGUGGCGCUCCGGAGCUGAGGCCAUCCUGACUCCCAGCUGCAGAUCCACUGCACCUCCUUCUGGAAGGUCUGCAGUCAUGUCCAGGAGCUUUUAAACCAGUGCCCCUAGCUGAUUCUAAUGUCCCAAAGACUGAGAGCUGCUUGCUUCCUGAGCGGGCCAGGAGUCAGCCUUACUGAACACGGCGGAACGGCUUCAGGUGGCCCCAGCCCUCCCGGGGUCUCCUGCCUCAGCCCCACUGGGCCUGAGCCUCUCUGAACUCAACUGCUAGGGGAAGAGACUUCUGGAUCCCACCCACCUCACACAGUCCCCCAAGGCCCUGCCAUGCCCGGGGAGGUCAAAAAAGCACGUCAAUCCAAGGCCUCAUGGACAAAUGACAAUACAGGACGGAGGUCUGCAAACUGUAUAGUCUGUGGACCAAAGCUGGCAGCUGCCGGUUUUUGUAAAUAAAGUUUUGUUGGGACACAGCCA